AUGGCGGAUUCAAGCUCUUCUCUUCCUCCUCUUUGCGAAAAGAUCUCAUACAAACGCUAUGUUCUAAGAGCUGUGGAUCUCACGAUUCUAGGCCUUCUCUUAUCUCUUCUCUUGUACCGAAUCCUACAUAUGAGCCAAAACGACAACGUCUGGAUCGUAGCAUUCCUCUGUGAAUCUUUUUUCUCUUUCAUAUGGCUGCUUAUUACCUGCAUAAAAUGGAGUCCUGCUGAAUACAAAGCAUAUCCUGAUAGACUUGAUGAAAGGGCUCAUGACCUUCCUUCGGUAGAUAUGUUUGUGCCCACGGCGGAUCCGGUUCGGGAGCCGCCGAUUCUGGUUGUGAACACCGUGCUUUCGUUGUUAGCUGUGAAUUAUCCGGCGAACAAAAUAGCUUGUUAUGUAUCGGACGAUGGAUGCUCACCUCUCACUUACUUCUCUCUCAAGGAAGCUUCCAAGUUCGCCAAGAUUUGGGUUCCUUUCUGCAAGAAAUACAACGUUAAAGUUAGAGCUCCUUUUAGAUAUUUCUUGAAUCCUCCGGACGCAUUAGAGGAUUCUGAAUUCAGUAAAGACUGGGAAAUGACAAAGACUUGCAUACUAAAAGUCGAUUUAAAGUGUUGUACCGGUUGCCAAAAGAAAGCAAGCACAAAACUGCAGACUAUUUCUGGUGUAAGCGCAGUGGAGUAUAAUGCAGAAAAAGGGCUCAUGACAGUCAGAGGUGACGUGGAACCUACGACUCUGGUUCAAAAACUUACAAGAUGGGGCAAAAAAGCAGAGCUAGUCUCAGUCAAUUACCAGCUUGAUGAUGAUGAUCUGCUAAGUGAUUCAGAAGAAGACUUCAACGACGAUGACGAAGACGAACAAGUAGAAUGGGUACCUGAUCCUAAACCCAUGGAACGUGUAACCUUGAAGAAGAAGAAGAAGGGCAUACUAAGUAAGUCUUCUCUUUUAGGUUGUUUCAGCCGUAAACCACCAGAGGUUGUGUUGCCUUUUCCAACGCAAAACCGAAACCAGCAGCGUAUGUUUCCACCUAUGCAACCACAACAACGACCACCACCAUUUGGGACGAUGUAUCCACAACAAAGACCACAAUACGGGAUGAUGAAUCAUCAACCAAUGAUGCAACAACAACCUCAUCCGAGGAUGCGGCAACAGCAACCACAAGGUCCGAUGAUGAAUAUGAUGAUGCAGCAACAACCACAAGGUCCAAUGCCAAUGGGAUACAAUGGGAAUAUGUUCCAGCCAACUCGGCCUUAUUUCCUUAAAGAUCUCAAAGCCAACCCUAGUCUGCAUUACCAGAAGAGCUAG